CCAUUUCUACUUCCCCUUCCUGUUCUAUAAGGCAGCUGAAUAUGAAGAGGAAGUGAUGCGGGUGUCUCCACGGCAGUGGCUGCUGAUCCUGCUCACGCUGUGUGGACUCUACACUCUGACCCAGUUCUUUCGCAUGGUUCUACCCUGCAACUUGGAAAAGCCUGUCGUCUCGGUGGUGGUCCAUGGCCAGAGAGUAGGGGCUAACACCUCCCUGGUGUUUGUGGGCGGGGUGCCUCGCUCUGGGACCACCCUGAUGAGGGUGAUGCUGGAUGCCCACCCAGGGGUGCGAUGCGGGGAAGAAACACGGGUGGUACCCAGAAUGCUAUCUCAGAGGAACACAUGGGCUCGUGAAGCGAUGGGGGUCAGCAUGGAGGUCUUGGACCGAGCGGUCACUGCCUUCCUGCUGGGGGUCAUAGCUGGACACGGAGAACCAGCUCCACUACUUUGCAAUAAAGACCCAUUCAGUCUAAAGAGUACACUGUACCUUGCCAAAAUCUUCCCCAACUCUAAAUUUCUACUGAUGCUGAGAGACGGAAGAGCCUCCGUGCACUCCAUGAUCUCACGUCACGUGACCAUCGGUGGCUUUGACCUCUCCAGUUACAGGGACUGUCUGGAAAAGUGGAGCCGCACCAUAAACACCAUGCUGGCCCAGUGUAUACAGGUGGGUAGUGAGCGAUGCAUGGCUGUGAAGUAUGAGCAGCUGGUACUACAGCCACGCACCACACUAAAGAAGGUUCUGGCUUUCCUGGGCCAACCGUGGCACGAGGCAGUGCUUCACCACGAAGACACGAUUGGACAACCAGGCGGACCCUCGCUGUCUCGAACGGAACGCUCCACAGAUCAGGUGAUAAGGCCUGUCAACCUGGAUGCCUUGUCUCGCUGGGUGGAUUACAUACCCCCUGAUGUAAAGAGAGACAUGGAGGCUAUUGCACCAAUGCUUCGGAAGCUAGGCUAUGACCCGAUGGCUAACCCCCCUAACUACGGACAUCCAGAUCCCCAAGUCUUUAAUAAUACACAAAGGGUACACCUAGGGGACUAUAGGACUCCUGUACAUCUAAAAAUAAAGUCCCUGGCAUCUUUCGAUAAAGAUGGGCAUUGAGGAACGGUGCAUCAGUAUGCCAUGUCAGUUUUGCCACAAGGAAGGAUACAAUGGAAGUAUAUCAGUUUCAAGAAGGUUCUAGAUUUAUAGUCGAAUCAACAGCGCAUUGUGCGCAAUAAGAAAUGACUUCAUAUGAAUAAGCUUUAUGUUGCUAAAGAACGCCGACUCACAUUUUUUCCCAAAUAUGUCUUCCUCCGCCAACCGAGCAACUGUAUGGCACCGUUCUUGAACAACGAUCUCAAAAUAAGCAAAAUAAAAUACUUAACCAUUA